CGCUCAAGUUGAAACCAUUUCAGGUCAGACACUACGAGAAGGUGAAAAUGGCCAAAUUUUACACCAUUUUGAUUGGUUUCUUCAUUUUGGUAUCUGCAUGGACGAGUGGCUCGACGGCGGAUGACCGUCUAUCUUUAGCGCAACUGCAGGAGCAAUUGCAGCAGCUGAAAACCAACUACGGAAUUUUGGAAGAAAAGGUUCUUAGACUAGAACUCGCCCAACUAGCCACUGGCGAUAGACAAACAAAUCAAGCGCAAACCAAGAACGCCAUCUUUAGAACUUGCAGCGAAGCUCGUACGGUCGAUCCGUCACUGGCAUCCGGAAUGUACUGGAUUGACCCUGAUGGAGAGGGAGUUGGGGACGACCCCAUAUACGUUUCCUGCGACAUGGCGACAGGGAAAACGUCCGUCUCACACGACAGCGAAUCGCCGAUAGACGUGGGCCAUUGCCCUGACCCUGGAUGUUAUUCAAGAGAAAUCAUCUACAGCGCAACUAUGAGACAAAUGACAACACUAGUUGAACUCUCUGACGAAUGCCACCAGUCGAUCAAAUACGACUGCAAUUACGCUCCAUUCGAGACAAAUGGUGUCACUUACAGUUGGUGGAAUGACAGAAAUGGAAAUCCGCAAUAUUUCUGGGCCGGAAGCGAUUCAAGCGUUCACACCUGUCAGUGCGGAAUAGACGGAAAUUGCGUCGAUUCUAUUGUCAAAUGCAACUGUGAUGCAACUGUUCCACUAUUGUUAAGCGAUAGCGGUGUUAUAACGGAAAAGACGUUGCUGCCAAUCACGAAAUUAAACUUUGGUCGGACCCAACUCUCAUCUUCGUCCGGCGCUCACACCCUCGGCCGAUUCGAAUGUAGCGGCGGCACAACCGUCACGGGAAUGCCAACUUCAUGCGAAGAUUUAUGGAGAAGUGGACAUCGUCUGAGCGGAUUGUACUUCGUCAUGGAAGGGAAACUAGUCAAAAAUGUUUACUGCGAUUUCGCCAAAUUGCCGGGUGAAGCAGGUUUCCAGAGCUUGAUUGGAUAUGCCGAAGUUAAACCGAAACCCACUUACUUCGAUAUCCCAACAUCCUGUGCUAAUUUGAAGGGAACUGGUCACACUUCAAGCGGAUUGUAUUUAGUCAAAGAAGGUGAACUAGUCAAAAAUGUUUACUGCAAUUUCACCAAAUUGCCGGAGGAAGCAGGUUUCCAGAGCUUGAUUGGAUACGCAGAAGUAAAACCAAAACCCACGUAUUUUGGUAUUCCAACUUCCUGCGCUAAUUUGAAGGGAACGGGUCACACCUCAAGCGGACUGUACUCCGUCAUGGGAUCCACAAUGGUUGAGACGGUUUUCUGCGAUUUUACGAAAACUACGGGCGAUCCAGCGUUCCAGACAUGGAUUGGAUUCGAUGGCGUCCAGUCAACCUCCGUCUAUUUCUACGUCCAGAGAAACGGCGAUUUUCGUUCGACAAACAAUCCGAUAACGUUCGAUGUCGUACGGACCAACACGGGAGGGGCAAUGAACGCAGGAAACGGCAAAUUUACGGCGCCUGUCACUGGGACCUACUUCUUCUCUUUCUCCGGUAUUGCCUACAUGAUCGGAACGACAAGUGACGGAGAUUUUCAAGCAUCUUUAAGGAGGAACGGCGAACAAAUUGGGCGAGUCGAAACGAAAAUGACUCAAGGUUUGAGUACCGACGGCUACUCUCUCCAAUCAACGCUACAUCUCCAGUCUGGCGAACAAAUUUGGAUGCAGUCCGAUAGAGAGUCCAACAUGUACCUACACGAUGACGGAAACCACUACACCCACUUUACCGGCUGGCUGCUGCAGGAAGAUGUCGCUCAAUCGUUUAAAAACAGGCUACUGUUAUAGUCAUUGCACUUGUGCGUCUCAUCAAAAAAAUUAGACAGGCAUUAAAAAUCUGUAGAAAGGGGAGCGGGAGCUAGUUGGUCUAAUUCUAAAUACAUAUAACCCAAAUGAUA